AUGUCGAACCUCAUCGCCACCAAGCGCGUUGACCUCCUCGCGCCUUACAUGGCCCUUGACCAGGGCAAGGCUGUCCAGGCUGAGUACGUCUGGAUUGACGGUGACGGUGGUCUCCGUUGUAAGACCAUGACCCUCGAGAACGGCCCCCCCAAGUCGGUCGCCGACCUCCGCGAGUGGAACUUCGACGGCUCGUCCACCAACCAGGCCCCUGGCGACAACUCCGAUGUCUACCUCCGUCCUGUCUCCAUCUUCAAGGACCCCUUCCGUGGUGGCGACAACAUCCUCGUCCUCUGCGAGUGUUACGACAACGAUGGCACCCCUAACAAGUCCAACCACCGUGCUCACGCCAAGAAGGUGAUGGACGCUGCCAAGGCUGAGGAGCCCUGGUUCGGUCUUGAGCAGGAGUACACUCUCUUCGACGCCGAUGGACAGGUCUUCGGCUGGCCCAAGAACGGUUUCCCCGGUCCCCAGGGCCCUUACUACUGUGGUGUCGGUGCCGGCCGUGUUUUUGCUCGUGAUUUCAUCGAGGCCCACUACCGUGCUUGUCUCUACGCUGGUGUCAAGAUCUCUGGUAUCAACGCCGAGGUCAUGCCCUCCCAGUGGGAGUUCCAGGUCGGUCCUUGCGAGGGCAUCGAGCUCGGCGACCACCUCUGGAUGGCUCGUUUCCUCCUUCUCCGCAUCGGUGAGGAGUGGGGCAUCAAGCCCUCGUUCCACCCCAAGCCCCUCAAGGGUGACUGGAACGGUGCUGGUUGCCACUCCAACUACUCCACCAAGCUCAUGCGUACCCCCGGCAAGGGUCUCGCCGCCAUUGAGGACGCCAUCAAGAAGCUUGAGAAGCGUCAUCUUGAGCACAUCGCCGUCUACGGCGAGGACAACGACAUGCGUCUCACUGGUCGCCACGAGACCGCUUCCAUGCACUCUUUCUCUGCCGGUGUCGCCAACCGUGCCGCGUCUAUUCGUAUCCCCCGUCACGUCGGUGCCCAGGGCUACGGAUAUCUUGAGGACCGUCGUCCCGCCUCGAACAUUGACCCCUACCAGGUCACAAGUAUCAUGGUCGAGACGACCGUUCUUAUGUAG